AUGGCGACCUCCACUUCCUGGCCACGUCCUGGCCACUUCCUCCCCGGUCCGGCUGUUCUUCAGACUCAGGAGCUUUCAGAUCAGCUGACGAAGGAGCGGAAGGAUUUUGAGCAGAGAUUUUCCAAAGAGCAGGGCUCCAUGCGGGAGCAGCUACAGGUUCACAUCCAGACGAUCGGGAUCCUGGUGUCGGAGAAGUCUGAGCUGCAAACGGCGCUAACGUUCACCCAGCAGGCGGCGCGGAACAAGAUGGCCGAGACGGAGGAGCUGAAUUCUCGCCUGCAGGCGUCGAAGCAGCGAGUGUCGGAGCUGGAGCGAACGCUUUCCUCCGUCUCCACGCAGCAGAAACAGUCGGAGAAGCAACAAAAAGAACUGGAAAAGGAAAGAGACACCAUGAGACUAGAAUUGUUACGACUCAACAGCGCUAGCGAAGAGUGGAAGCAGCGGAGCUCGGAACUGACGGAGCAGCUAAAGUUCAGCUCUCAAACUAACGCAGCCAUGAAGGUGGAGGUGGACGAGCUUCACAAGAGGCUGGAGAUGGCAGAUCUGAUGCUGCAGCAGUGUUCCAGCUCUGAUUCCAGCGACGCCGGCCAGCAGAUCCAGAUGUUGCUGGAGGAGAAACAGCAGCUGGAGAAUAUUAAUCACCAGCUCCUGGAGUCGGUGGAGCAGCUGAAGACGGAGAGAGACGUUUAUUCAGAGCAGAUUCAGGACGAAGGACGAGUUUGGAAGGACAAGACGGAGCAGCUGCUGUCGCAGGUUUCUCUGGUGGCCGAGGAGAGAGACAGAAACAUCAACCAGGUCCAGGAGCUGGAGGCUCGAAUCUUAGAGCUGAGAAACGCUGCAGCGCUGGCGUCGGCGGAGAGAGAAACCCGAGAGUCUUUAGAGCCCGAGUCCUCGGGGCCCCCGGGGCCCUCGGAGAGGGAGCAGGCCCUGCAGACGGCCCUCAGUCUCCUGCAGCAGGAGAAGGAAGCUGUCGCUGAACAGUUCCAGGCCCAGCUCAGGGACAACCAGCAGUUCAGCCGGCUCUGCUCCGAGCAGGAAUCCCGCCUGGCCGAGCUGCAGCGGCGGCUGGACAGCCAAUCAGAGGAGGCCGAGGACCGGCGGAGAAUCCUGGAGGACGUGCAGUCGGACAAGGCCACGAUCAGCCGGGCCCUGAGCCAGAACCGGGCCCUGAAGGAGCAGCUGGGCGAGCUGCAGGGCGGCUUCGUCAAGCUGACCAAUGAGAACAUGGAGCUGACGUCGGCCAUCGGAUCAGAGCAGCACGUGAAGAAGGAGCUGGGGAGACGUCUGGCGGAGCUGCAGGAGGAGCUGGCCGGAGCCCGGGAGACGCGGGACCAGGAGGACCAGGAGGCCCGGGUUCUGCUGGAGCAGCGGGACCAGGAGGCCCGGGUUCUGCUGGAGCAGCGGGACCAGGCCCUGCUCCACCUGCAGCAGUACAGCUCAGCCUACCAGCAGAUGGCGACGGAGAGGGAGAGUCUGCAGCAGCACUUCCUGCAGCAGAGAGAGCAGAUGGAGAUGAGCCAGAACCAGCUGCAGCAGGAGCAGAUCCGGCUCCACCAGCUGAUCAGAGAAAACCAACAGCUGAAGCUGCUCAGCUCCAACCUGGGAUCCACCAGAGACCAGGGAGACGGAGUUGAAAGCCAAUCGGAGCAGGAAAACCCGGAAAAGUCGUCCAUCGUUCCUGAAAGCCAGAAAGAGACGGACCAGAACCAGGACCAGGAACUGGACCUGGACCAGGACCUGGACCAGAACCAGAACCAGGACCAGAACCAGGACCAGCACAGUCAUGAACAUUCAGGUGGCGUACCGGAGCAGCAGCUCACCUGUCCACCAGGUGGCGUACCUGAGCAGCAGCACGCGGCCCUGCAGGCGGCCAUGCAGCAGCUGCAGCGCCGCUUCACCUCCCUGAUGACGGAGAAGGCGGAGCUGCAGGAGCGCGUGGAGGAGCUGGAGCAUCGAUGCAUCCAGCUGUCGGGGGAAACCGACACCAUCGGAGAAUACAUCGCCCUGUACCAGAACCAGAGAGCCAUCAUGAAGCAGAAACACCAGGAGAAGGAGCAAUACAUCAGCCUGCUGGCCCAGGACAAGGAGGAGAUGAAGGCGAAGCUGGCCGAGCUGCAGGACCUGGUGAUGCGACUCGUGGCCGAGAGGAACGACUGGUUCAGCCGCUACGCUACCGUGGCUAACGCUGGCCCCGUGGCUAACGCUAGCCCCGACCUGCUUCCUGUAGCCGUCGCUAACGCUAACGAGCAGCAGCUCGACCUCAGCACCGCCGGGGAGGCAGAAUCCAUGGAGGUGGUUCCGCUGGCCGAACCGUCGGACCCGGACCUCCCGGGGCCCCCCAACCAGGACGGGACGACCCGGCAGAUCAUGCAGCUGCUGCAGGAGAUCCAGAACCCCCAGGGGGGACCCCGCGGGGCCCACAGGCCCCCCUUCCUGGGGGAGAACCCCUGCAUCCCCUUCUUCUACCGACCCGACGAGCAGGACCAGGUCCAGAUCCUGGUGGUCUGACCCGGACCAGGACCAGACCUGGACCAGACCAGGACCAGGUCCAGAUCCUGGUGGUCUGACCCGGACCAGGACCAGACCAG